CGCCCCGCGCCGCACCGAGCGCAUGAACUUUGUCACAAAUAGAGAAGCUGCUCUGCGUCCUGCGUGCGCGCUGCGCCCUGCUGCAGAAAUGACCAUGUGGUUCACGGUUCUGGCCGGGCUGGUCGUCCUGUCGUUCUCAUACGUGAAGGCGUUCUGCCCGCACCUCCCGGCGGACUGCGUGUACAUCCUGAGGAGCCUCGGGCUGGGCUUCAGGCUGCUCAAGUACAGGAAAAGGAAGCCCAUCUACAGCGUCCUGGACUGCUUCUUGGAUGCGGUGAAGAGGCACCCCGCCAAGACCUUCCUGCACUUUGAAGGGCGUGAAUAUUCCUACGAGGAGGUGGACAGGCAGAGCAACAAGGUGGCCCGAGCGCUGCAGGCUGAAGCCCGGCUGAAGGAGGGGGACACCGUCGCGCUGUUUCUACCCAACGAGCCCGGCUUCGUGUGGACUUGGCUCGGUUUGGCCAAACUGGGCUGCCCGGCUGCUUUGCUCAACUUCAACAUCCGAUCCAAGUCCCUGCUGCACUGUUUCUCCUGCUGCGGGGCCAAAGUCAUCAUCACCUGCACAGAGCUGCAGGACGCCGUGGAGGAGAUUUUACCCACGCUCAGAGAGCAGGGGAUCAGUGUGUAUCUUAUGUCGGACAAGUGCGGCGUGCAGGGCAUCAACCCUCUGUCCGAGAAGAUCUCCAAGGCCUCGGAUCAGCCGCUGUCGCGGGACCUUCGGGCCAACAUCCACAUCCGGACUACAGCUCUCUACAUCUACACAUCUGGCACCACAGGUUUGCCCAAAGCAGCUGUGGUCACACACGAGAGGGUGUGGGCCGCCUCCUUCCUCCAGGCCGCAAGCGGGGUCACCUCAGAGGACGUCUUCUACAUCAACCUGCCGCUCUACCACAGCGCCGGCUUCCUCAUCGGGCUGUGCGGGUCCAUCGAGAGAGGAAACACCGUCGUCCUCAGGAGAAAGUUUUCCGCCUCUCAGUUCUGGGAUGACUGCAGGAAGAACAACGUGACGGUGAUGCAGUACAUCGGCGAGACGCUGCGCUACCUCUGCAACAUGCCGAAGAAAGAUAACGAGAAAAACCACAAAGUGAGAAUCGCCAUCGGCAACGGCCUCAGAACUGAUGUUUGGACGGAGUUUCUGAACCGCUUUGGGGACAUUAAAAUCAGAGAGCUGUACGCCGCCACGGAGGGAAACAUCGGCUUCAUUAACUACACAUCUAAAAUCGGGGCGGUGGGACGAGUCAAUUUUGUUCAUAGGUUUUUAUUUCCUUACACAUUGAUUAAGUUCGACAUUGAGAAGGAGGAGCCUGUCAGAAACUCUCAGGGUCUCUGCAUUGAAGCAUCUACAGGUGAGACGGGACUUUUGGUCGGAAAGAUAACUCACAGGUCACCUUUUGUUGGCUACGCCGGCAACAAGCAGCAGACCGAGAAGAAGCGGCUCAGUGACGUCUUAGUAAAAGGCGACUUGUACUUCAACACCGGCGAUCUGCUUCGGUUCGACAAAGACAACUUUGUGUACUUUCAGGAUCGAGUCGGUGACACCUUCAGGUGGAAAGGGGAGAACGUGGCCACGUCUGAGGUUGCAGACAUCCUCACGAUGGCUCACUGCAUCCAGGAGGCAAACGUUUACGGAGUUAAAGUUGAAGGACAUGAAGGGCGCAUUGGCAUGGCGGCGGUCACUUUGAGAGAGGGCGAGGACUUCGACUGUUCAGACUCCUACAGGCACGUCGUCAACUACCUGCCAGCUUACGCCCGACCCCGAUUCAUCCGUGUUCAGCCCUGCCUGGAGAUGACGGGGACAUUUAAGAUGAAGAAAGUCAAGCUGGUGGAGGAGGGAUUCAACCCGUCUCUCAUCACUGAUCCAUUAUUCUUUUUGGAUCUGGAGAAGAAGAAAUAUGUGCCUCUAACAGAGGAGAUCUACAAAGCAAUCACUUUGAAAGAAAUCAAACUCUAAAACGAGGGCUAUAGCUUUAAAAAAAAUUUGUAACAAAUCUAUCAUGGACCUUAACAGCUAACUAAUCUCAGGGACAGACAUCAAAUCUUUUUUUUUAAGAGCUUUUUUUUAUAUUAACAUAAGUACACCUCUACAGUUUUAUAAAUCCUGUGAAGCUGACAGUGUGGGCCGAACUCACUGUUGGAUUUAGGUAAUUCUUUGAAUAAAAGGUUAAACGCUUCAUCCACGGUAA